AUGGAGAAUACCGCAAAGCCUCAAAGUUACAGGUAUUUAAACUAUGAUAAUGAGAUGACAAAAAGAUCUUUUAGAAAAUCUGAAGAUGACGAAUUCGAACCUGUUACAACGUUUCCAAUGCAGAAUACCAGUGUGAAAAAUAUUAAUUGUGAUGAUUUCUCUAAGUACGCCAUUAAUUGCACUGUUGAUGCUGCCAUGAUAUACAACUCCAGUAAAAUGGCACCGCCGUUACCAUCGAAAAUAAGUGACUGGUGUAGAGCAAUAAAGCACUUAACAAACUGCGCUAUAGAUUGGAACGCUGAUUGUUCCGACGUGACUGAAAGCCACUUCAAUGAAGAGAGCAUAAAGGGUCACAUCCACAUCGUCAAUAACAUCUGCGAUGAUGAGUGGUUUUUGAUACGGUACGAAGAGCUGCCGCUUUGCGUAGAAAGCUCGACAGAUUCCUGGGAGUCUUGCUAUAUUGCCUUCAAGAAUGCGGUUGAAGAACAGAUAAAUACAACUCAAGAAUGGACGCAUUACUCUGUACAUUUCGAACUUUGUUGUGCAAGAGCCCGCUUUCGACAUUGCACCCUCGAGUCUCUAUUCGUGAAGCCCACCCUUUGUACUCACGAGCAAGCGCUCACUUUGCAGAAGUUCUCAGUCAUUGUGUCCGAAGGUGCAGUAUAUCAGGAUUGCGAACGUAACAUGAUGUACGCAAACUGUCCGGGUGGAGACCCUCGCCCUACGACUACUUUGUUGAAACGUCUGAUGAGCGCCGAAACCCUUACCUCCGCUUUAAAGCGUGAGCCCGCUCCACGCACACCGAUCCUGAAAUCACCGGUCUGGUCGACGAUCAGCCUCCGCCAGGAGCCCGCACCAGCUGGGUCUAACUCACCACCAUCAACAAGAGAACAUUCUAGAUUCCUGCUAUUUCCAUUUCCCACGACGGAGAGUCAUCGUGUCAUCGAUUCCGUCCGCCAGCCGCCACGAGUG